GCAAGCUUCGUCCGUCAAGCUAUCAUGUUAUCCCAAAACCCAAAACGCGCCCUAAUUGCGUUGCUGGGCAUCGCGCCGCUUCCUCUUCUUGCCCAAGAUCCCUACCCGAUCACUGGUGUUCCCGUGAGCGAUCCUGGGAAUGGAGUCCCUCUUAGGCGGAACAUCAACGAGCUCCAGGCGGCAGGAGGAGCGCAAUGGGAGCUUUACAUCCGCUCGCUGCUCGAGAUGCAGCACAGCAACUACACCGAUCCGCUGUCGUACUUUCAAAUAAAUGGCAUCCAUGGGAGGCCCUUCGUGGAGUGGAACGGAACCGGCGGUCAGCAAACAACGGGAUGGGCUGGAUACUGCCCUCAUGGCGAAAAACUCUUUAUAUCAUGGCAUCGUCCAUAUGUGAUACUUUUUGAGCAAGUACUGGUAAGCCAUGCCAAACGCCUUGCUCAAACGUACCCUCAAGGCCUACGGGAGGUGUACACACAAGCGGCCGACCAGCUGCGGUCUCCGUACUGGGACUGGGCCGACAACUCAGCGGUUCCGCCAGCGACUGUUCCCGCCAAGGUGACGGUCAAUAUCCCCAACGGCGAUGGCGUGCAGGAGGAAGAGGUGGACAACCCGCUCUAUUCCUACGACAUCCCACAGCCAGUCCUCGACGGUCAGUAUGGGGCGUUUGAUAGCGAGAACAGGCCGCGGACCAUGCGGUGCCCCGCGCCGCAGACAUACCCCGAGUCUGCCAAUGGUCUCCUCGCCCAACGGCCUUAUAGACAAUGGGUGUACGAUGCAUUCACCCGCGCAGUGGACUUUACCGACUUUGCGACAACAAGCCCAACAAUUGUCAGCCUCGAGCUGAUUCACAAUGGCGUACAUUGGGAUGCGGCUUGUGGGCAACAAUUUCUGAGUCCGGAGUUGGCAGCUUUCGAUCCGCUAUUUAUGCUGCACCACAGCAACAUCGACCGGCUUUGGUCCUACUGGCAGGCCCUCAAACCCGACCAAGAUAUCUUUCAGGACUCUUACUCAGGCCAGUCUCGCUUCGCUUCUCCAGCCGGCAAGACAAUCUCAUCAAAGUCCCCCCUGGAACCGUUCUUUGGCCCAAACAGGGUCCAGCACACGACGGAAUCUGUGAGAAGCAUCCGUGGCUUCGGGUACUCCUACGAGGGCCUGGAGUACUGGAACAAGUCGCCAGAGCAAAUGCAACAAGACACCACAAGGCUGAUCAACCGCCUUUACUCGGCGCAACCAGCACCUCUGGACCGGCGACAGGAGACCGAGACAAAGUCGCGCUACUUUGCGCGGAUAGGCGUCGACAGGGAGGAGAUCCCUAAGCCUUGCCAGAUCAAGCUGUUUCAUGGCAACGAGGAGAUUGCCGGCGUCGUUGUCAUGGGCCAGCCAGCAGUUGGGCGAAUGUCCGCUGGCCUGCCGCUAGACCGCUUCAUGCACCCGUCCAAGAUGAGCGCCAUGGACCACGACGAGAAGACGAAGUCGAUCGCUUCGUCGCUCAACGUCAAGAUAGUCAAGCCUGACGGCAGCACCGUAGAGAACGUGAAGAGUCUUGUGGUGGAAUUGGAGGAUGUUACGGUCCGCCCACCCGUGACAGACGACAAGUUCCCAAAAUACGGCUCGUCCAAGUUCCACAAUGUCUCAAAUAGCUAGAUGCUGCUCCGGCUAGAAUAGAUUGCCGAAAAGGACGAUCGUACGUCGCCAUGCUUACGAUGAUGUCCCCAGCUGCGUGGCACGAGUAAUCAGCGUUGGGCGUGUACGGGCAAGCUGUCGGGGGUCCACGAUUCUGGGCGAGUACUUGCGUUAGAAUCCGGUCUUCCGGAGAGUCACUG